AUGGAUGUCUCGUCAUGUAUCAACCCACCUGGAUCUAUCUCCAACAGCCUGGCUGCUCUGCCCUCCGUGGUGCCCUGGGGACUCAUCCACCUGCAGACUCUAGAUCUUUCUAACAAUCUGCUGAAAGAGCUGCCAGCUGCCCCCAGCUCCCAGGAAGUCAUCUGCGCCAGUUUACAGUGCAUAAAUCUCUCUCAGAACCAGCUCACCAGUUUGCCACCUGGACUUCUGCAUCUGACCCGCAUCCAGAGACUUUCUGCUGCUAAGAACCAGCUCACAGUGCUGUUUGACAUCCCUACCACCACUAACUGGAUCGGUCUUCGCAAGCUAGAGGAGCUGGAUGUGUCUGACAACUGUCUGAGCAGUCUGCCCACAGCAGUCAUGCAUUGUUUGAAAUCCCUGAGCUUCCUCAAUGUGUGCAGGAACAAACUGAGCACUUUCCCUGAUCCCUGGGCUUGUCCUCUGAAGCAAUGCAAAGCUUCAUGUAAUUUGAUCGAGAGUCUUCCAAACACCAUCUCCAUCUUCUGGAGGACUCAUCUGCAGGAGGUGGACUUCUCCGACAACAGUCUGAAGGAGCUGCCUUCAUAUCUCUUUGAGCUGGAGGUAGGAUCAGCAUUCUGGAUUUGUUGCUGGACAUUAGCAUGA